AUGCUCAGCUUGGCCGACGAUCCAGCUAUGCGGUCUCCGAAGCUCUCAGCCCCCUCUGCCUCAUUGCUGCGCUUCCUUAGAUCACAGACCGGUGCUCCGACUGCCCCCAAAGUAUGCGCUUAUCCGAAGCGUCUUGCCGGCCGCGGUAAAGCCUUCUCGACAGGCCCGGACACAUCGAGCUGGACGCGCCGCAAUGGCCUGCGUGGCUCAGCGAGUAUCGAAAAUGGAAUAUGCAUCAACACACAAGGGCGAUUGAGCUCCCGGCCCGUCCUCUCGCCAGUGCCGACCCAGCUGACACUCACGCGUCAUGCAUCCACCAAAAGUCGACCAUUACUUCGAAGGCUAUUUGACUUGAAACGGGGCACUACCCCCGACUAUCGGGACACGAGCGCCCCGGUUCCUGGAUUCAUGGAUGAAGGGACGGAGGGAAUGUUCAAUAUCGGCCGCAGUCUAUCAGCCAAGGCGACCAACGAGCUACGAAUCCGAUGUACGGAGUUCGACAUCAACGGUGAUGUGACGCUUGUGAAUGGAGAGUUCAGAAAGCAGGAACUCAUUGCCAAGUACGGCCUUCUUCCUCGAGAUUUACGAAAGAUCGAUUCGUCGACCCUGCCUCAUAUCCUGAUACGCCCGAGUGCCAUCUUGAUCAACCUUCUACACCUGCGAGUACUUAUCAAAGCGGACCGAGUCCUUGUAUUUGACGCCUACGGAUCAACGGAUUCAUACAUGCAAUCGCUAUUCAUCUACGACCUCGAAGGAAAGCUGCGUCAGAGAUCAAUCCAGGGCGCCUCCCAGCCCAGCCAGUCACUGCCCUACGAGUUCCGUGCGCUGGAAGCCGUUCUCAUCAGUGUGACGAGUGGACUGGAAGAGGAGUUCAAUGGAGUGAGAGAUCCGGUCGUGCGAGUCCUUCGUGCAUUGGAAGAGGAUAUCGACCGUGACAAGCUCCGGCAUCUUCUGAUUUAUUCUAAGAAGCUGGGUACAUUCGAGCAAAAGGCUCGCCUGGUUCGAGACGCGAUCGAUGAUCUGCUCGAAGCGGAUGACGAUUUGGCAGCCAUGUAUCUGUCGGAAAGAUCCACUGGCAAAGAGCGGGAGGAGGACGACCACCAAGAAGUUGAAAUGCUUCUGGAAUCAUACCAUAAAGUCUGCGAUGAGAUCGUCCAGGCCAGUGGCAACCUGGUGACCAAUAUUCGCAACACCGAAGAAGUAGUUAAAGCCAUUCUCGACGCCAAUCGCAACUCGCUCAUGCUCAUGGACCUGAAGUUCAGCAUUGGAACACUCGGCCUCGGCGCAGGAACUCUGUUCUCUGCCCUGUACGGCAUGAACUUGAAAAACUUCAUCGAAGAAUCAGACUUCGGCUUCGGCGGAGUCUCAAUCACCUGUUUCGCUCUCACCGGUAUUGUCUGCGUAUACGGACUAUUCAAAUUACGCAAACUCCAACGUGUCCGCAUGUGGGGUGAGGCAGGCGUGGGAGGCUCCUCUCUCGUUCCUCUCUCUCCAAAGCGCAGCGCGCGCAAUGGAAACCGCAACAACUGGCGCGCUGAUUCCAUUGAGCCAGUCUGGGGUAGCCUGCCAGGCGAAAGCCGAUCCGAGCGUAUGAGACGCCUCCGGGAAAACGCCACUCAAGCUGCUCACCAGGCGGCGUCAAGAAACUUCAAGGCGACGCUCGCGAAUUCUACUGCUGCUCUGCAGGCAUCUGCUGCUGCUUCUACACAGGCGUCCUCUGCUGCUUCGGGUGGUGCUCGUGCCAACAGCAAACCACAAGGCAAGGAGACCGGUGCUCGUGAACAUGUGAAGUCUGGCUCGAGUGAGUCUGCGUGA